AAUUGAAUUUCCGGUAGGUUUUUGAAAAUUUCCGAAUUGGAAUUGAAUUCAUUUGCGUCUAUUUGGCAGAUAGCGUUGUCCCAGUCUGAAAUUUCUUCACCUCUGCAGUCAAGACAAUGUCGGUUACAAAAGACGUGAGCUUCUCUUUAAAAGUUGUGAUAAAUAAACAGAAAACCAAAGUUCUAUUCGCAGAAGCUGAAAGCGAUUUUGUCGAUAUCCUGAUUAGCUUCUUGACAUUGCCGUUGGGAACGAUCGUGAAAAUCCUGAAGAAGCACUAUAAAGAUGAAGAGGCGCCUGUCAAAAUCGGAAGCUUAACAAGUUUAUACAAUGGCAUAGCAAAUCUCGACAGUGACAAUUUCUGGACCGAUGGUUUACACGAUGUGCUGCUCAAUCCGACAAGUUCAUUCGGAGACGAAUGUCUUCAACUAAAACUCGAUAUUAGUGACAGUCAGCCCACAAAGUACUUCACUUGUAAUCCACACCACUGUCGACCAAUCCCAUGCUUAAGCGUAUACUAUGAUACCGUAAUAUGCGGCUGUUGUCAAAUAAUGAAAAGAGAAGUAGGUCAAAACAUGUCCGAGGCUAUUGGUGUUUUUACCAUUAAUACAAUGUCUUUCAUAAUAUCCGAUGAUCUUCGGGUACUUCCUAAUAUGAUGGGUUUCGUGCAAACUCUUAAAGAUCUCGACGUUACAGACACCAAUGGCACAGAGCUUAGGAAUGUUACUUUUGGAUUCAAUGAGGUUAGUGUCUCGAGAGUCCGUUUCAAUAUUAUUUCUUGAAUAUUCACUACAAAAAAAAAAUCUUGACAACACCUAUUUUUCACAUAGUUAGGCAAAAAGUGUUGUCACUAUGCUUGUCAUUAACGGGGUGUCGCUAAUGCUCUAUAGUGACAAUAAAUAAGUAUUAAGUGACAACAAAAAGAGCUAUUAGUGACAAUAGAAAAGAUGUUGUCACUUAAUGUGUGCAUUAAGUGACAACUUUUGCAUUUGUCACAAUUGGGGUGUCGCUAAUGCAACUUUUUCUUGUAGUGA